AUGCUCCUCGACGAGAAUCCCGCUGGUCUCAUCAACCACACCAUCGGCAACUUCAACAUCCACCCCGAUAAACAAGCCGUCACCCGCAUCAAUGACUCGCUCGCCGCGCUACAGCAAUCGCGUGAGCUGCGCACGCGCGAAGCUGAAUCAGCUCUGCGCAAGCUCUCCCGGCACCUGUCCGCCCUGACGGCCCAACAUGAGGAGGCCGUGAUGGCGCAUGACUCCGGCAAGCACGCCGCGGAGAUGGUCGAGCUGGACACGAAGAAAUUCCGUAUUGCCAAGUCAGCUACCGAGCUGGAGAUUGAGAGUGAGCGGCUAGAGGGCGAGCUGGAGAUGUUGAAGGAGCGCCUGGCCGAUCUGGAGGCGCAGGGGUUGGAAGGUGAUGAACCGACGCGCCGGGAGCGUGAGAUGGAUGAUGCGACGCUGUGA